CUGGUCCCGAGCCUAAUCCGACAUGCCUCAUGAUGUUGGCUUCUGAAGCUUCCUAUCCAAGGCGGUGUGCAGUUACUAUACGCAUCAAUGCUGUGUAACCUUCACUAUGUAAAUAGUACUACACUUCACAGAACGCCCAUCCCAAAUCCCUCUGUUUCCUAUUUCCCUUCAGGUUUGUGCUCGAUACAAUGUCCGACGACCUCCUGACUGUAUUAUGCACCUCCUGCUGUGGGUCAAACCGUCCUAAUGGUCCAUCCACUUUUGAACUUACACCAAUAAUUAGGUGUGAUGGGGUGUUCACUUCAGCAAUGGUUUGAUACCCAUGCAUUAGGUGCUAAUUGCCGAUGUUGUAGUGGCCCACGUGGAUGCUGUAAUAGUUGUUUUGAGUCGUUCUCGAACGAGGACAAUUUUGAUGAACAACUCAAGAAAGACACGGAACGCAGAGAAGCUGCUGCUCAACGACUUUUUGAUGCUCAACCUGCGCCCACUCAAGACAUGAACUGUGAAAGCUCCACAGACAAGCCAGUCCCGUUGAAAUAAGUGCAAGGCCUCGAAUCUGUUUCAUUGUACCACGAGAACUCGUAUGCAUCAAUAGUAUAGCCUUAGGAAGAGAUAGCCAUAAAUUUGCGAACUAACUUGAAAUUUGGGAAAUUCCCCCCA